AUGAGAAUCGGUGAGCUGAGAGGAUUGAAGUCUGGAAAAUGGCGUGGAACUAACAGUUGUCCGAUUUUCAGCGAGGUGAAAGCCGAAAUCCGUGAUGACAUGGAACGAUUGCAUCGCUCAUCGAAUGGACGCUUUGAAUUGUUCCUGCUGACUACCGAAGGAUCUACUCAUUCUGACGGCUCUUCAGGUCUUCCAAAAACUGCACGGCAUCAUAUGGUGCCGGGGCCAGCGCCAACCAGCAUGUAUCAUCUUAGUCAAAAUGCAUAUCGUCAGGCUGUGCACCAGUACGAUAAUAGUUGUGAGUACUGUGUUUUGCUCUUGUAG